GGGAAGAAGGCGCGCGGGUUGGAAGGCGCGGGAGCGAUGGCGGCGGCGCUGAGGCGCUCUGAUGAAGACAUGGCAGCUGUUACGCCGCAGAAAAGGAGCUGCAGUUCUACGGAUACCGAUGGUUCAUCCUUAGCCUUUGAGACUCCUGUGAAAAAAAAGAUGCUGGGCUUUGCUGAAGGUCGGUCUCCGCUCAAGAAAUCAAGAAAUAAUUGGUUUGCUUCUCAAAUAAAAUGGUCAUCGAGCUCUAGUGAUGAGAUGAGAGACAAUGAGGAUGAAAAUCAGAAGCCGGUGCUGUCGAGGAGGUUGGAUAUUUCACCCCUCCAGGCCACCAGUGUUCCCGCAGCCGCACAGAGGGAGCCGUUGGGGCAAUUCUCCCCAAAAACUGCUGCCUCCUACAAGCCCCUUGUGCCUGUGGUGUCUUUUUACAGCAAGGAAAAACGAUACCUUACUCCUCUUGAGAGGAAACAACUGAACGAGAACCGCUCUUUGAGGGAGAGGAGCAGGGAUGAAAAUCUCCCAGCUGCCAGCAGGACUGAGAAGAUGAACGUGAACUCGAGCAGGAACGCGAGCUCAAAGCCAAGCAAGCACGCGACCAGCUCCAAGCAUGGCAAAACUCUCCCCAAAACGCUUAAGAAGGCCAAGGGAGACAUUCCACCGGGAAAACCCAGUGUGGAGAAAGAGAAUGUGAAUUGCCUGAUUAAAAAGAAGAUGGAUUCGCCCUUCAGAGUCCUGAGCAUGACAGUUAAACCAGCCCUGAAACUCCAGCUGGGAGCAGCGUUCUUUUCUGCCGGGAAGAAAUCGCACUCUAAAAAACCAGUUGUAGACACUAAGUCCCUGCAGGGUGACCCCAAAUCUCUGCAAGAAAACAGUCAGCCCGCACCACCGACCACUGCAAAGUCUAAUUCAGCAGACAGAAACAAAAUUCUUGAGGCGGGAGGGGUAUUGAGAAGGAUUUCUGUGCCUCAGAAGAAGGAAAAUGCAAACGAGGAGGACUCUAAGAGCUGUGGAAAUCAAGAGAGAGAUUCGGCACAUGAAGGAAAAAGAUCUCCACAGAAAAGCGGGAGCAACCCUAGUCCGUUUGGGGCUUCCUGGUCUGCAGGAGACAGCGAUACAGAGAAUGUGGAUGUUGAUGAAAUCGGUUCUUCUAAAAGCCGUGAGUCAGAUGAUUGCAUUAUGCCUUCAAGCCAAUCUCCGCCAAAGGGGAAUAAGCGAGCAUCUCCUUCAAGUGCUGUUGUCUACCCCAUAUUCACUGCACCCCCCAGCAGCAAGAAAAGGACACAGGCUGUGCUGGAUGAAUUGAAUUCUCCGUUCGGGUCCAACCCACCUGCAAAAACACCUCACACCUCGCAGAAAAGCAAGAAGGCGAAAGAGCUCAGCAAGCGCUCCAGGGAUCAGAUGAUCAUUGAUGCUGGUCAGAAGCAUUUUGGCGCUGUAGUUUGCAAGUCGUGCGGCAUGAUCUACACGGCUGCAAGCCCGGAGGAUGAAGCCCAGCACAUCCAGCACCACGAGAGGUUCCUGGAGGCGCUCAGAUACGUGGGUUGGAAGAAAGAACGGGUCGUGGCAGAGUUCUGGGAUGGGAAAAUUGUAUUGAUUCUUCCAAAUGACCCAAAAUAUGCCGUCAAGAAGGCAGAAGACGUGCGGGAGAUCGUAGAUAAUGAAUUGGGGUUUAAGCAAGUUUCGUUGAGCUGCCCAGCCAAGACCAAAAUAUACUUGUUUGUGUCCAAUGAGAAGAUGAUUGUUGGGUGCUUAGUGGCUGAAUCAAUCAAGCAGGCUUUCCGGGUGCUGUCAGAGCCAGGAGCCAUGCUGUCGCCCGAGCAGGACCAGGAUGUGCUGCAGCACCAGCGGGCUUGGCGCUGCUCCACGGAGCCAGAACCCGCUGUCUGCGGCAUCAGCAGGAUCUGGGUGUUCGGGCCGAGGCGCGGGAAGGGCAUUGCCCGUCGCAUGGUGGACGCGGUCAGGAGCACCUUCAUGUACGGCUGCUACCUCGGCGCCCACGAAAUCGCCUUCUCCGACCCCACGCCGGACGGCAAGCUGUUUGCGACGAAAUACUGCCAAACCCCGCGCUUCCUUGUGUACAAUUUUAUGUAUAGUUAACUGAGGCGGCUUGAUUAUUGCAAGUUGAGGUUUGUUUAAAUCGCCUAAAAUAAUUUGAUGUUGAAAUUAACGCUUCUUAAAGCGUUGUUACCUGGCUAAACGCUGUUCUCCUGCUGAGCGCUAGUUCUCCCUCCCGCCGUGAGCGAGCUGGGGGGAGAGUGUGUCACUUUGUGUACAGAGUUGUGUUGUAUUUUAGUGUAUGCUGUGGAACCUUGCUUGGAUUUCAGGUAGGUUUUGUUUCUUCUGAGAUUAAAUUUUAUUGCAAGUAACUUAAUUUCUUUAAAAGGUGGAAUUAAUAUAAAGAUGGCUGUUUUCUCCCUGAUGUGUGGGGACGUAACUCUGCGCGCUCUGCUGCGUGUGCGCUGUGAAAGGCGGGGAGUUUGCUAAACUUACGGAACAAAAAGUUGCUAAAUUGAUGUAAAGAGCAUAAGAGGUCUUAAAAUGACUGAUGCGUGUCAGGAUUUCCCCCGGUGGGUAAGGCCUGGAACCCUCCUGGCGUUGUGCUGCCGGGGAGAGUGCCCCAGGGGCCCCCUGCUCAAUAAAAUGUGUGAAAUGCUGCUUUUUGAGCUGAUUUCUGUGUGCGGGAGACGGAGGAAGGCUUCCAAAUUCGAACGCUCUCCUCAUUUGAAGGGUUCAGAUGAGAAGGGAGCGGUGCCUGCAGGGAGGAAUGGGACAAGUGUGUGUUGCAACCUCUUCGUCUCCAGCCAGAUGAGGGCAGG